AUGGCUUGGGAAAACUGGACUACGGUGACAGAAUUUGUUUUCAAGGGGUUCACAGAUUGCCUCGACUUCCAGGUUACACUCUUUGUGUUUUUCCUGUUCAUCUAUGUCACCACCAUGAUAGGAAACCUUAGCAUCAUUGCUGCAGUCUGGCUCGAUUCCCAGCUUCAAAGCCCCAUGUACUUCUUCCUCGGCCACUUGUCCUUCUUGGAUCUGUGCUACUCCUCCGUGGUGACACCCAAAAUGCUGCUGAACCUCUUGUCUGAGAGGAAGACUAUUUCUUUUGUUGGCUGCUUCCUGCAGCUCUAUUUCUAUGCUGCUUUUGCAAUCACAGAGUGCUACCUCCUGGCUGGGAUGGCAUAUGACCGCUAUGUUGCCAUCUGCAACCCCUUGCGUUACCCCAUCCUCAUGUCCAAGAAGGUCUGUGUUUCCCUCUUAGCUGGGUCCUAUGCAGUUGGGCUUUUUAAUUCAGCCGUCUUCACAGGCUUUGCAUUGAGGCUGUCCUUCUGUGGCCCCAAUGUCAUUGACCACUUCUUCUGCGAUGGGCCACCACUCUCAAAGUUGGCGUGCUCUGAUACUUCUCUCAGCCAAGUGUUGCUAUUUGCUUUUGGGGGCUUCAAUGAGGUCACCACAAUAGCAGUCAUCCUCAUCUCCUAUGGCCACAUCCUCUUCACCGUCCUGAAGACAGGCUCUGUACUGGGCAAAGCUUUUGGUACCUGUGCAUCCCACCUAGUGGUUGUAACCAUCUUCUAUGGGACCCUUAUCUUUAUGUACCUACGGCCCAGUUCCAGCUACAACCUGGGUAGGGACAAAAUAGUUUCUGUCUUUUACACCAUGGUGACCCCAAUGUUGAACCCUUUCAUCUACAGCCUGAGGAACAAGGAGGUAAAGAGUGCUCUGAAGAGAACAAUGGGGAGAAUGAUGAUUUCCCUGCCAGAGUGGUAAAUGGUUUGACACUUGGGCAGUAAUGGGAAUGGGGUUGGUGUUUUAGAGUCUUUUUGAGGUUGGAGAGAAGCUGUGAUAAUACUUCUAUAUAUUAUUGUCCAUUUCGUAGACCAG